AUGUCUACUCAGCACAACUACCUCGACGACGACGAUGACUUCUCGGAGUUCUACAACAACCCCCUCUACAAGCGCGUCUCUGAAUUGACCCCCCACGAGCGUAAGAAUGCUUGCCCACCUCCCCCCCUUCCUACUCCUCGUCGAGACAAUGGCCCCAGAGUCGUCGCCCGAAAGCGCUCCUCUCGUCACCCAUCCCCACGUCCGCCAUCCCCUCGUCAGCCUUCCCCUCGCCCUCCCUCUUCAAGCAGGGACGCCGCUGCUGUGAGAGCCUCUAUCCGAAGACACUCCUUCACAAAGCCUCGACAGACUCCAAACAAGGAGAAUGCCCCCGAGCCAGAGGGCACCCAUUCGCCAAUCCUCCGCCCACGUGCCGACCACGACUUCCAGCAAAAUGUCGCCCGCGUCCACGGCCCCGAGCACGUUGACAAGUACGAAAACUGUGCCGACAUGUCGGAGAAGGCCAAAGAGGAGCUUGAAGACAAGCCUGAAGGAAGCCUUCGGUUCGGACGUCCCUGGACCCAGGAGGAGUUUGACAAGGCUACGCUCAUUGGGUCUUCCGACGACUCGAUCACGGACAAGGUCGAGAAGGAGUUUCAGGAGAAUAUGGACGACGAAGAGAUGACUUUGGAAGGAUACGAAGAUCUCAAGGAGGGCGAGACACUGGAAGAUGACGAAAUUCUGGAGGAAAUCGAGAUCGUGGAUUGGAAGAAGCCAAACUCACGGAAACUGAUGACCAGGGAACGAAGCAGCGAGGAUCAUAAUGCGGAUCUGGCAGGUGAACAGCAGGCUUAG